CAGUCGCCUGACGUCCAUCACCUCCACUCUCUUCCCCAAGGGGAGCCGCAGCGUCGUCCCCCGAGACAUGCCGCUCAAUAUCUUCGUCAAGAUCAUCCAGUUUAUCGCGCAGGAGAGGUUGGACUUUGCUAUGAAGGAGAUUAUAUUUGAUCUUCUGAGUGUGGGGAAGCCUGCCAAAGCCUUCAGCCUCAACCCAGAGCGUAUGAACAUCGGCCUGCGAGCUUUCCUGGUCAUCGCCGAUGCCCUCCAACAGAAAGACGGCGAGCCUCCCAUGCCCAACACGGGCGCCACGCUGCCCUCGGGCAACUCCCUGAAGAAGAAGAAAACCUACCUCAGCAAGACCCUCACAGAGGAGGAGGCCAAGCUCAUAGGCAUGUCCUUGUACUACUCGCAGGUGCGCAAGGCCUUGGAUAACAUCCUCAGGCACCUGGACAAGGAAGUGGGACGCUGCAUGAUGCUCACAAGCGUGCAGAUGCUGAACAAAGAACCGGAGGACAUGAUCACGGGUGAAAGGAAGCCGAAAAUUGACCUGUUCCGGACGUGUGUCGCCGCCAUUCCUCGUAUCCUCCCUGAUGGAAUGUCCAAACCCGAGCUCAUCGAUCUUCUCUCACG